AAUUCAUGAAAAGAUAAGCAGACCAUUACUAUGAGAUGCUGUUCAGUUUUUCGAAAUUAGUAGACAGGAUAUUCUCUUGAAUAAUGUUUUUUAUCAUAUAAUCAGCAUACAUCGCAAUUCAAAAUUGUCGAACAACUUACCCUGUUAUAAAUAUUUUGGCAUAUUUACCUCCGUAUUAGUUUAGUCUACAAGUCAUUAUUUAGAUAAGCGUAGGUCUAUCGACUAAAUACCUUUACUAUUGGAGAGUGAAGCUAGUCUAUUAUAGCGCACAAUUCAAGGUGUGUGUUACUCGUUUAGCUAUUAUAUUUCUGACACCUAAUCCUCUAGCACCAGUUGGAUCCUUAGUUGUACUGAGGGCAAAUGUGAGGUUCUGUAAAACUUAUCAACAUCUUAUUUGAUGAUCUCAUGGGGUCAAACGAUAGGAAUAACAAAGAUCUAAUACGAUGCAAUCACUACUGAUUUAACAUGAGUAACUCAGUGUUAGAAAUGAAUUUCAUUCGUUUACUAUACUGUACCGAAUGUCUAGCAGCACAGAAACAAUUAGGAACCACUUACAAGGACUACGUAAAAACUCUUGAAACAUUUUUUAAUACAUUGACUUCAUCAAAUCAUCGUCCUUCUCCAGAAAAUAUACGUAAAUAUGAAAUAAGGGGAUAGUCUUACGGUCCAGCUCCUAUGCUUUCAACUGUUACGCCGUAGAUUCCGGCUUCAUUCCACCCAUUUCGGCUUGGGCGACCAGGUAAUAUCACUAACCCUCACAAAAAAUGUAAGUUUAUCCUUCAGAGCUGAUUAUAUUAAGGUCAUGUAGUUGGCAAGUUGAUUGCGUAUUUUCGGUAGGCUCAGUUUCCCUUUACCAACUUUCAUCGCUUGUGGCGUAGGCGGGAUGUCCGUUUGUGCAACAAUCCUCACUGCAUUACUAUUGUGGGGGGGAGCAUAGUCUUUGAAAGUAGAAAUUAUGGGUUGGAUUCCUAUUUUUUGAUAAUAGGUAUCUUCAAAGCGAUGCUGAGGUUAGGCUUAGGCAUAAAGUACUUGGCAAAGGUGGAAAAUCUGAUGAUAAGUUAGUAAAUCCUCAUCAGCUGGGGUGGAUAGAACAUGUGUUAUAUAUCCCAAGUCCACAUACCUUCACAGCCGAUGUUUGCUGGUAUAGGAAUGGGCUGGAAGAAGACCAGGGAGGGCCAAACCAUGACUUGACAUUUAAGACCGUGGCUGUUGUUCUGAACCGUCCUUGUAGAUACAGACCAAGUGGUUGGGUUCCGCGAAGUAACGGCGAUUAAUGGCUGGAGACUCUGGGUGAUAUGGCUCAUAGUCGUUCACAAUGGUGCAGAUGCAUUUACUCUUUAUCUUCCUCUAGACAAUGAAUUCCAAUAUUCUUUUAUCCACACCUUUCUCCUCUUAUCUUUCCCAAUAAUAUCCUCAGUCUUUCAUUGUUAUUGCUGCUAUAUUAUUCUGAUCUCUUUUGCUAUUUAUCGUGUUAAUUUCAUCUGGUCGUUCUCAUUUAGUAUGGGGAGUUGGAACAACACACGUCUAUACUAGGUUUGACGUUAAUAAGGAUUAACUGGCUGCCAGUCUCCGUGUUUUUUUAUAUAUGUGUAUUUACUUAGAGUGAUAGUGGUAAAAUGUUUAAAAAGGAAUUAUUUGUUUUAUUUUAGCUAAAAAAGUUAAAGCAGACUUGCGAUACAGUAGAAAAUUCGAAUGUACAGUCUAUUCAUCAUCAUCUAUCACGUAGUGAAAUAAUUGCAACUUCUAAAAUGAAUGAAACCUCUCCUGUUAAUCAUAAUGUCAAUAAGGAAGAUGUAAUUGCUCCUGAAAUAAAUAACUUAUCAUGUAAUAAAAACGAUACUAUAUGCUCUGAAAUAGACAAUCAAUCAAUUAUUCAGGGCACAUUUACUGAUAGAUGUGAUUUGAUCGCAAAAGAACGCCAACGUAUAAAUAGAGAGUUACGAGAGCAAUUAUUAGGUAGGUAUUCGUAUAUACCCCAUGUUCCCAUUCAAACAAUCAAUUUAUGAUGUAAUAUCCUGAGUCACCUAUCAUCUCAGUUCAGCUGCCAGCGCUGAUUUAUGCUUAAACACAGUAUGCAGUACGCUAAAGCGUACUUUUUAUUGUUAUCAGAUAUUAUAUUAAUCAUGAGUUUGUCUUAGUAUCCGAUUGGGUGUGCUGAUAGAAAUUCCUCUUGAACUGUUAUGAGUAAAGAGAAACUGUGGGCUUUAUAGUAUUACCAAUCAAAUUCACGUCAAUAAAGUUCUGUAACAUUGUAAUUUACAAAUAGCAAUAAGUCCAUAUUCAACAAUGUUCUACUACCUGGAGAGAACACUGAAUUCAAAAACUGCAUAUUAACCUUCAACAUGAAUCCGUAUAUUAGCUACUAACAAAAGUCUUAGAGUUGUAGAAUACGCCUGUCAUUGUUUACAACUGGGUGUUCCUAUUCUUCAAUGUAAUAGUUUAGUCCACAAUAAAAGUAGACCGUACAGACGAGCUAAUCAGUCUAUCGAAUUUCCGAUGGAUAGCUUAUGUUUUACAGAUAGUGAUGACGACCUUGAAUGACUUAUUAGUCAAUCAAAAAAUAUCAUUUAGAUAUUAAACAAUUUAUAAUUAAAAAGGUCAUAAUAUUUCAAUAGAUAAAUCGUUUUGCAGUAACUAAUAAACUUUCAAAUUACUUUGAACAAAAGAAUGGUUAGUGUUAAAGGCUAGUGUUAGGGUUAGAAGUCUGGUAUACAGUUAAGAGUUGAGGUUAGAAAGGGAGAGCUUUUUGUAAUUAUAGGAAUAAAACAUAGUUUAAAAUAGUACGACCUAGCUAUUCAGAGAUAAGUUUCAAUGACAUUCCAUCAUAGCUUUAUUAAAUCUGUUGUGUUUCUUAAACAAUUACCGUAAAAAGGUGUCUUAAAAUAACAGUAAUCGGAAGAAGGUUGUCUCCAAGUUAUUCACCAGUUAAUGACUUCGGAGGUCUACGGUUCGAUCCCAGUUCGGUCAUCAGUGCAUGAUGUAAAUAAUCCUCAGAUCAAUAAUGCCUCAUGUAUUCUGUGAAGUGAGCUUCGUAUUUAUUUUACGAGUUAAAUAAGUUUGUUUGGAUGACUUCAAUCGUGAUCGGUUAUCCUCGUAGGUUCCAUUUUGUCCAGAACAACAAUGAAAGCUUCGCAAUUAAGCCAGUUUAGCUCUCACAACUCAGGAAUACCGAAAGUAUCCAUCUGAGUUGUAAAUCUACUCAUCAUUUCACAAUUAAUCAUGUUUAAAUUAUGUACGUUAUUUGCCUUUCUCAGGUGGAAAUAAAUCCAGCGACAAAAAAUCAUUAAAUCAUAGUAAAAAUGAAAAUCUAACUCAUUCCUCUGGACUUCUUCGUGAACAAGAAAUUCAACGUGAACAAUUAGCUUCAGAAAUGCUGCUAUUAACAACAGAUUUGAAAAAUCAAUCUUCUGCAAUGAGUCAACGAAUUCGCCUGGAUUGUGAAACUGUUGAUGCUAGUAUUGGACAAGUUGAGCGAAAUACCGCAAAUCUUCAUGGUGUAUUAAAUGAAUUAUCAUUAGAGCUUGGUUCCAAAUGUGGUCGAAUUGUAUGGAUUCUAUUUUUUAUUGCGUUAGGUUUAUUUUUAUACAUGAUAUUAUUUAUGAAAAUGUUUCGUAAACGAGUUAUUCAAUCAAAUUCUGUUUAUUCUCCUAAAACAGAGUUAUAAAUUGUUAUAGAAUGUGCAUAUUAUUGUUGAGGUUAAUUGCCCCUGUCAACAAAAUACUGGAUUUUUUAAUGGUUUUCGCUCCUGUGCUUCAAACUAUACUGUGAUAUCUAUUGUCAAAAGUCAUGUGUAAUUAUUCUCUCUUCCUAUUGGUUGAUCUCUCUUCUCCAAAAUCAUGUAAAUGCCAUCUGUAUACAGUGAUGUUUAUUUAUUUCAUUGGGUUCUUUUUGUUGAAGUAUAAAAGCUCUUUUGUAAAGUAAAGUCUCCCCUCUUCCCCAUUUGCAUAGAGUUUUCAUAACUGACAUGUGUCGUUGUACAUUACUGACCUAACAUACCCAGUCAGGUUGAAUACGAUGUUAUAUAUUCAUACUGACUUGUGACACAUGUUUCUAAAUAGUUGGAAUUUUCUGUUUCCCCGAGAAAACGCAUCCUUUUUUAUUAAUUUUUGUGGAGUGGUAGAUUCUCGGUAUGAUAGACAUUUACCAUCUGUUAUUUGAUCACCUAUAUCUUAGCGAACAAGCAAAUACAUCGUAGGUUUUCUAACUCAAGGCCUAACUUGUACCCUCUGUUAAUAGUCUACUGUCUGUCUACGGUACAAAUUCAUUACACAUAACAGGAAACUCUAUCAUAUCGUAUACAUUAACUUUAGUCCUUGUGACAAAUUCAACUUACUGAGAGUGCAAUGUAAAAUGAUAGUAACAGCCAUAAACACAAUCGGAAAGUACGAGUUUACAUUAUUCAACCUCAGCUUAAGUAACAAUGGUUGAUAUUUGAUUCAUUCACAUAUGUCCCCAAUACAAUCUUAUGCAUAAUUUAGUACAAAUAUAAUUAUUUAACAAAUACAAAAUUCAAUCAGAGUUGAAUUUCUUCUAAGGUCAAAAUCAGUAUAGCUGGAUUUUAGGUUAUUUGACAAUAAGUGAUCAUUUACAAACGCUCAAAAUGUACGCGAAUAUAUGGAAAACUUACUCAAAUUCCACCAAAUACGUUAUCGCUUCGGAUAGUACAUCGCUUAAUUUACUUCCAGGUACUACGGUGCAUAGUUAAAUCACCCACACAAAACAAUCUAUUUCGUUAACAUUUAAUAACCCUAAUCCAAUUAGACGUUCUUAGUGGCCCUAAAUCUUGCUCCAAUUAAAUCGUAUGAUGAUUUGUUAUCGAAAUAUUCAUACCACCAACCCUCGUAUAUGAUUAACGACUUAAAUUGCGUCAGUGAAUAGCGGAAUCAAAUAAGUCAAAUGCGAGAAUGAACUUUAAAUUCGUAUGUUUCAUACAAUCGUGCAUCUGGACAGACAAUCAAGGAAACGAAGCGGAGAGAAGAGAGCGAAGCCAGACGGAUAGGAGAAGGCAUAUUCUCUAAUCAUAAAGAACUUUACAUUGGAAUUACUAUUACAAUUAUUAACAAUUCAUUGACAGUCAAUAAAUUCACCCAUAACAUUGUCCCCUUGAAAUUAUUGCUGUAUAUUCGCCUAUUUAAACCCAAGGUGAGUCUCAUAUAUUUCUUGUUGUUAUUUUUGAUUUCCUCAUAUUUUAUAUUUUAAUUCUCAGCUUAUUACUAUUGCUAUUGUUAUUAUUUCUUCGUAUCAUGUCACUUGGUAAUUCACUAAGCCUUUCAUCUAAGUCUAUUCCCAUAGGUGCCAUCUCUGUACCUUUACCUGUCUUUAAUCCCCGAAAGGCUGAACUCUGGUUUGCACGCUUAGAAAGCUAUUUUGUUGCAAACAGAAUAACAAGUCAGAGCACGAAAUUUGCUUACGCAAACUCAUUGCUGCCGGACGACGUUAUUGAACAAGUGCCUGACGUCAUUUUUAAGCCGGAUUCAGACUCACCAUACGAUUGUCUAAAAAGAAAGGUCAUUCGUGUUACAUCUCUCACCGACCAGCAGACAAUUGGUCAACUUUUAGCUAAUAUAGAGCUGGGUGACAAUACACCAUCUCAAUUAAAACGCCACAUGACAAAUUUAUUAGGGAAUCGUACAGUAGAUAAACGUCCAUUAUAUCAAUUGUGGCUCAGACGUCUCCCACAAAACAUCCAACAGAUACUAGCAAUUGGAGACGAAGAUGUCGAUUUUGAUAGGCUAGCGGACAUAGCCGAUAGAAUUUACGAGCGGACUAGGACUCACUCCGUAUCUCACAUACAAUCGAGCUUAACUGACGAGAUCGCCGAGUUACGACGAACAGUUGACGUCCUCACUAAAAAGAUAGCCCAGCUCCAAUUUUUGAAUACCUCCCACAGUAAGUGUAGAGGAAGAUCCAGAAGCCGUAGACGUCGUAGUCCAAGCACUACCAGACAUAACAUUUGUUGGCACCAUAGGACGUACGGUAAACAAGCUAAAAGGUGUACUCCUCCCUGUAACUUCGCAAGCACACAGCAAAGGGAACGUCAAGGCCGUCGGUUAGUGGCGACUGCAGUCGCUGGCCACAACUCUCAAGACAGUCGUUUGUUAUGUUACAGACAAAAGAACCGAAACACAGUUCUUAGUCGACACCGGGGCAGAGGUUAGUGUAGUACCACCCACUACACUUGAGAAAAACACACCUGACCUCAAACUAAAGCUACAAGCCUGUGAUAAUUAAAAGUAUUUGAAUUAUAGUAUGAACUAAGAAUCCCA